AUGUUACGCUAUAAUUUUGAUGUCAUUACUUGCGAUUCUUGUAGAGUAUUCUUUAGGAGAAAUAUCAAUAAAAAUAAAAUACGAAAGUGUCGUUUUGAUGGCAAUUGUAUUAUUGAUAUGAAAACACGGAAACGCUGUACGAGUUGUCGGAUGAAAAAGUGUAUUAAAAUGGGAAUGAAAAGAUUGAUGGAAAGGGAUGUCAAAGCUCUGUUGGCACUCAUUAAGUACGGCUGUCUUGAGAUAGUACUGCUCAGGUAUUCAAUAUUUUAUGACAAUAACACCGAUUACUGGACCUGUGCUCGGACAUUAGACACUGAAAAAGUUUGCGGAUUCAAAUUGAGUGCAAUGAGACACGAGAAACGGGAUUUGUAUUGUUUUUACCAAGAUUAUUUUCAUAAAGUAAACACCGUUCUGAAUCACAAUUCUAUUAUUUUGGACUUGCUGACAGCAAUACUACUGUUUGAUCCAAACCGACCAAAUUUGAUACACAGGGAUGUUGUGAAAGCUGAACAGCAAUUAUAUAUUUAUUUACUCCAAAGAUAUCUGCAUUUAAAAUACGAUUCAAAAACUCAGUCAAAACUAUCACAACUUAUGAAUAUAUUAAUGGAUUUACAGAAUAUCUGUAAUAUUGAGAUGAAAAAUGCUUAUGAAUUGUAUUUGGAUUCUUACGGACCUAUACUUCAAGAGAUUCUCUUUGAUGUCACCACUAAUUAA